AUGCCGGAACUCACGGAACAAGAGAAACUCGAACGACGACGCGAGAAACGCAAGCAAAAGAUUCUUGCUUCAGCAGAGAACCGAUUGAAUCGCAUUACCGGCACUGCUUUUCCCAAUCGUCCAUCACCUACCCCGUCGCCAUCCACAUCGACCUCGUCAUUGGCACGUUCUGAAACACCACAGCGCAGGUCGCGAUCGCCUUCUCCAUUUAUGGGUCCCAGUACUUCUUCCGAGACGUUACGCCAUCGUAUGCCAGCAUCGUCGCGAUCAGUGGAUCCUUCAGCCGACCCAAGUGAAGCACUCGGUGCGCCGUCACCUCUUCCACCACAACCGUCGCUUGGAUUUGCCAGUACAGAUACACCUUUGCCUCCUUCACUUGAAGCCAUGUUUGCCAAUGCUACUGGUGCUGGUGGUGAUGGUAAUACACCCCCACCCAAUUUGAACGACUUGCUCGGUGGUGCUGGUGGACCCUUCCCUUUCAAUCCUGCAUUCCUCGCUAAUAUGCAACAACAACAGCAACAACAACAACAAGAAUUACAACCCGAUGAUGGAUCGGCAAAAUAUUGGACGCUUAUUCAUUUUGUCAGCAUGGUCUGGCUCGGAUUAUAUGCCGUCUAUAGAGAAUGGUCUGCAGAAGGUGUACAACGAUUUGCAAGUUUGGUCAUGGAUGAUCAAGCUCGAUAUGCAGCUGUACAAUUGCCUUUGUUCUGGUACUUUAUUACGAUCGAGUUAUUACUACAAACAGCAAGGAUGAUGUAUCAAAAGGGCAAUACUAGCAGUACAUCGAUGGUCAUGUCGGCGAUUAUGCAAUAUCUACCACCUCAAGUAGCCAAUGGACUUAAUGUGUUGAUGCGAUAUUGGAUCAUCUUUUCAUGUCUAAUCAAGGAUUGUCUCGUUUUGGUGUUUAUUAUUGGACUAGCAGAGAUUGUAUCAGCCGUGUUAGCCAGAUGA